GCAGGCUGAGUGAGAAGCUAAGAGAAGUGCUAACUUCGACAAUUCUACUUUUGGCUUUUUACUACGAUGACAUCCCAUGGUAACGAUGAACCUUCCACCCCUCUUGCUGACGAUUUAAUAGAGAGUGAAGCUGAGAAGGAAUUUCUGCUUGCCAAGGCUACAUGUUUUAUUGUCAUUGGAAAACCAGGUAUUGGCAAGUCUACCCUUGCCAGAAAACUAGCCCAAAUUUGGAGAUGUGUCCUCAUAGAUGACACUGAAUUGCUCAACAGCCAUAUACGUGAUGGUACAGAGCAGGGCAAAGAGCUUUUAGCUAUCCUGACUGAAGGAAAGAGCAUUCCAGAGGAAAUGGUCUUCGCUUUAAUCACUGAGAAGCUAAAAUCGCCAGAGGUGGAAAACUAUGGUUAUAUUCUGUCAUGUAUGCCAUCCACGUCUGAGGAGUAUCUAACGAUACAGGAGCAAAUAGAGCUGCUAAAAAAUCUAAAACUGCCACCAGACAUUAUCAUUAAUAUUAAGUGUGCAGACCAGGACCUGAUUCAUCGUCUGGCAGGCCAGAAGCAGCACCCAGAGACAGGCCGCAUAUUUCUCAGAGAAGAGUGGGACUCUGUAGAACAAGAGACAAACAAGACAAAGAGCAGUGUCCAGGAGAAAGUCGAGAACGAUGAGGACGAGGAGCAGGUGGAGGAGAGAGAGGAGGAGGCAAUACAGAUGGAAAUGAUGAGUCAGCUAGUAAGAGUGAAAGAAAAUUACCCAGAGGAGGCUGAUCGCAGAAUUCUCUCAUAUAAAGACACAUUGCUAAAGCCGUUAGAGGAUUACAUGGCGGAUCAUGAUCCACAGUAUCUAUUUGAAUUGGAUGGAAACAAGGACCCAGAGGAACUUUUUGGGACUGUAGUUACUCGCCUUGAGUACAUGGCUGUAAGAAAAGCAGCUGUACCAGUGCGCUUACUACAAGAGCAAGAAGAACUGCCUGAGGACACAGAAGAGUUGUUGAAGAUGCUGUCCUCCUGCAGAGCUUUAGGACCAGGUUACCCAUGGAGAAGGAGUCGCUGGGGUCUCAUAUGCCCAGUUGCCCUUAAAGAGGGCAGAAUUAUCAAUGGCAAACCUGAAUUUUCAGUCAGCUUUCUGGAUAAAUUCUAUGUCCUGUCCUCUGAAGAGGCUCUGCAAAAGUUCAUGAUAAACCCAAGAUGCUACUUGCUCCCACCCAUGCCACGUCCAACCUGCAGAGUGUCCGUUAUUGGGCCACCACAGUCAGGAAAAAGCACGCUGAGCACAUUACUGGCUGAGCAUUACAACGCAGUGGUAAUUGAUAUGAAGAAAAUCAAUGAGCUGGUUGUGAACAAGAUCAGACAAGAAAUGUUGGAAAAAGCACGUCAUGAUGCAACAGUUUCAGCACUAGAGAAGGUCAAGGAACGUAUGAAAACAGAUGGUGAACAUGAGACUGAAUCAGAAAUUGCUGAGGAUCACCCGGAGGUAAUAGCUCUUGUGGAAGAGGCCAUAAAAGAAGUGGAGCACAUUUCCAUUGAACCACCAGAGGAGCAGUGUGCAGAAGUCUUGCAAAAAUGGAUCAGAAAGAUUGAAGCAGAUGAUGCAGAUGGAGAGUUUAAAAGGGGCUGGUUGUUGGACAACUUUCCUACUACUAGCAAGCAGUUGUUAGCCAUUCAGGAGCUGUAUCCAGACGUCAUGCCAGAUACGGUGUUCUGUAUGAGAGAUAGUGAUACAGAGGGAAGUACCAUUUUAAGACGAAUCUAUGAGCAGAACAAGGAGGUGAUAAAUGAAUCUGUUCUUUCUCGACCAAAGGAGGAGCAAAGGCAGAAGGCAGUGGAAAGUAAUAAAAAGCAGCAACAAUCAGAAGAGGAAAUGCAACAGGACAGUGUUCCAGUGGUGCCUGAGGAGUCUCAUGCUAUUGAAGUAGUAUUACCCACUACGUGGGAACAUGGCUACCCUUCUGGUCCAGAGAUGGAAGUGUAUCAAUUACAGAUCAAGAAUUUUAUGCAGGACUGGGAAAACAUGGAAUCCUCUAUCACUUCCAACUGUGCUGUACUGGAGACCAACCAAACCCUACAGGAGCUGCUCCAGAAAAUGAUUAAGGAAAUGGAAAAACCAUUUAAGUAUGAAGCAUGGGAGGUCUCCAGCAUGGAUCUGGAAAAAGAAGAUGAGGAUCAGGAACUGGUACAGCUGGAACAUGAUGAAAACAAGUCAGAGGAUAGCAGCAGUAAACGAUUACUCGGGGACACUAGGGAGUACUGCUCAGUGGUGCUGAGGGAGAUGGGUACUUUGGUUCCUUGCACAGAUAAUAUUGCUGCUAGGUAUAGAGAGAAGCUCUACUACUUUUCCAGCAGUGAAGCUCGAGAAAAGUUUCUACAGGAGCCAGAAAUCUAUACCUCAACUACUCACCUACUGAAGCCACCUGCCCUGCGUAUAUUUCAGCUAGGCGUACGUGGCUCAGGAAAGACCAUUUUUGGUAGUUGGUUGGCCCAGCACCUGGGUCUCUUCCAUAUUCAGUUUCGUGAGCGAUUGCAAGAAAUAAUUUUAGCAAAAACACAGACCCGUGUGCUCUACACUGAUGAGAUGGAACCACCUGAAGAGCCACCAGAGGAGUAUCAGAUGUUGCUGCAGGAAGAGGUGAAAUCAAAAGUGUCUUCUAUGGAGCUGGAACAGAAUAACACUGACCACACAAAGGAGAAACCAGCACUGACAGAUGAAGAAGAAGCCAUAAAGCUAUAUUUGUCAGACGGAGAGCCAUUGCCGCAGGAGAUCUUGGAGACUAUUAUUUUACCACUCUGGCAACAAGAGCCAUAUAAAUCAACAGGCUUCAUUCUGGAAGGCUUUCCUCAGCAUCUAGAUGAGGUGUCCUUUCUGGUUGAGCAUAAUUUGUAUCCAGAUACUGUGUUGGUCAUGAAUGCAGAGGUGUCAACAGUGGUAAAGCAUCUUCUGCCUCGGUGGAUGGACAGAUGGAAGGAAAGAUGCGCGAGAAAGAGAGCACAGAUGCAGCUACUCAAAAGUCUACGCAGCAAAAUAAGGGAUGAGUCUAUUGCCCAAAGACGAGCUGAACUUAUGGCUGAAUAUUCAGCUAAAACACCCAGAGAGGAGGAGGAGAUUCAGGAGGAAGAUGGAGUUGCAGAGCAGCUGGACUGGGAGGAAGAGCUGGAGGCCACACUGCUAACAGAGUUUCCCCAGGAAGAAGAUGAGUAUGGGGAGGAAGAAGAGUCAGAAGCCAGUGCGGAGGAUCGGAUAGGAAGUGAGAUCAGUGAAAGGUUUAACACUGAUGACAGUAAUGUCUCCAAAAUGCUGGACAUCCUGGCUGAACACCGGAUUUCUCGCCUUACAGUCAACUCUGGUCGGAAGCCUCAAAUUGUGCGCUAUCAACUACUGAGGCUAGUUAAACCCCUGGUGGACAACAGAGAAUCACUGUUUCAAAAGUGUUAUCCUAUCACCUGUGAUGUUGCACGUAAACUUCUACACUUCUCUUACAAGUUCUACAGUGCCUUUGGGUGCUGGGACCCUGUUCGGCUUGCAGAAGGUGAUCUCAUCCAGCCUAUGCAGGGUCCUGUCAGUGCCAGCUUCCCGGUCUGCUUCCACAACUCAAUUUAUUUUUUUGCCUCCAUUAAAACACGCAACACCUUUAUGAUGAACCCCAUUAAAUACCUUCGUCAGUCCAAACCUAAUCCAUCCCUGCCCAUCAAACUUGCCAUCAUCGGUCCUCCAAAAUCUGGCAAAACCAUGGUUGCCCGCAUGUUUGCUCAGGAAUAUGGACUGUCACGCCUUUCAAUUGGUGAUGCUAUGCGAGCAGUUCUCAAUAACCAAGGCAAGACAGAGCUGGCCACUCAGAUGUUAAAGCACCUAAAUCAAGGUCUAACUGUGCCUGAAGAGCUGGCCAUUCAGUGCCUCGAGGUGGUGCUAAUGAACUUAAUCUGCAGCACACGUGGGUAUGUGUUGGAUGGCUUUCCUAUGACCAAGAAGCAAGCCGAUCUGAUGGAGGCUCGGAGCAUUAUUCCUGUUCGAGUGAUCGAGCUGCAGCUAGAUACAGAGGAAGUGCUAAGAAGAGGUUUGGAGGAUAAAAUCAAAUCAAACAGGCCAUACCCAAUUCACAACAGCACCCAGAUUCUGAACACCCGGAACUUGUGCUUUAAGCGUGAAGUAAAUGCUCUCCAACAGCACUUCAAGCAACAGUACCACAACUGGGUUCCUGUAGAUGCACACAAAAGCAAGUGGUGGGUGUGGAAUCAGGUUCUGGAUAAAGUUUGUAUAAGCAUGAGACACAUCCACAACUACCUGAAAAGAAUUCGGAAAGGCCAGGCUGCCAGUAUUGAUUGCCUAUGUAUUACCCCACGUGAGCUCCAGUCUCGGCUAGGAGAGUUUGGCCAUUAUUGUCCUGUGAGCUUGGGUCUUCAUAAACACCUAGUUGACUGCACCCAUGACAAGUCUCCUAAACUGGCCGAGUUCAGGGGCUGCUAUUACAAAUUGUCAUCCAGAGAGUAUCUCCAGAUGUUCCUUGAGACUCCAGAGCAGUUUGUGGUUCCAAACUGUCCUCAUCAGUUGCCACUUCCCGAGCUUCUUCCCCGCAAACUAAACGCAGGCCAAGUGAAGAGCUGCUUCCCUCAGCAGGUGGAGAUGAAAGGCUUCUGUCCAGUCACAUACUUUGAAGGCCAUCAAAGGUAUGAGGCUCUGGUUCGUGGCAAUGUAGAGUUUGCUGUGGAGUAUCGGGAGAAGAUCUACAUUUUUGAGACAAAGGAGAAACAACAGAAAUUUCUGCGAUCACCUGAGACUUACUGGAAUCAAAAACUCCCUCAUAAACUUCCACCAGUGGGAGACCCAAUACAACUGACCUCUUUACCAUUGCUGGGUUAUUUGGAACAGGGAGUAGCAAAAUCCAUCAUCAAAGGCAUGACCAAGUUAGGCAACCUAAGGCCAAAAUAUCCUUACUUAAGUGUGAAGCGGUCUGCUAUACUCUAUUUGGCCUUGCAUCUGAAAGCAUCCAACCCAAAGAUUUCAGAAUACAUUCAGAAAAUGUACAAGAAGAAACUGGCACAGUUCGAGGAGGACUGUGCACUCAUCUACUACCUGGGUUCCAAUAUGUCCAAUAAGUCACCUCAUGAACUUCCCACAGACUUUGAACAUAAACUUUACAGGUUUCUUAACUUAAAAGAAUCCACAAAGAACACACCAGAACAUAGACAGCUUGUAAACUAUUAAACUAUUAAAAUUAUAUCUGCACUGUAUAUGAGAACAUCACAUUUUUCUAUUAAACUGGUUUACCUUAAAAUCUGGACGAACACUUGAUCAAUGUAAACAAAAUUGUAAUACUGACUUUUUUUGAGCUUGUUCUUUACUUGAAUAGACAUAAAUAAAUAAACAUAUCA